CCAACAGCUCCUGAACUGCACACCAGCCUGAACUGAACACCGGGGCCUUCAUCUCCUCUCUCACCGGGCAUCAACCACCAGCAACCGGCCAUGGUACGGAGGUUCUUCGUCGGGGGAAACUGGAAGAUGAACGGAAAUAAGGAGAGCCUGGAACAGCUGAUCACCACUCUGAACACCGCCAGCCUGGACGAUCAGACCGAGGUGGUGUGUGCUGCUCCUUCCAUCUAUCUGGACUUUGCUCGGUCCCUUCUGGAUCCUAGAAUUGGGGUCUCAGCCCAGAACUGCUACAAAGUGGCUAAAGGAGCAUUUACAGGAGAGAUCAGCCCAGCCAUGAUAAAGGACAGCGGGGCAGACUGGGUGAUCCUCGGACACUCAGAGAGGCGCCAUGUGUUCGGGGAAAGUGAUGAGCUAAUUGGCCAAAAGGUUGCUCACGCGCUGGAGAGCGAUCUCGGAGUGAUCGCCUGUAUCGGUGAGACGCUGGAGGAGCGCGAGGCAGAUACCACAGAAGAAGUCAUCUACGCUCAGACACAGGUUAUUGCAGAAAAUGUGACGGACUGGGGGAAAGUGGUGCUGGCGUAUGAACCUGUUUGGGCCAUCGGCACUGGAAAGACAGCCACACCUGAGCAGGCUCAGGAAGUUCAUGAAAAGCUGAGGGCUUGGUUCACAGCAAAUGUAUCAGAUGAUGUGGCUGACUCCCUGCGCAUCAUUUAUGGAGGUUCAGUCACCGGCGCAAACUGCAGGGAGCUGGCGUCUCAGGGCGACGUGGACGGCUUUCUGGUUGGCGGAGCCUCUCUGAAACCGGAGUUUGUUGACAUCAUCAACGCACGUGCAUAAAGUGUAAAGACGAUCACUAAACUGGGAUCAUUUUCACACUAUUCUGUCACACUGCAGUUUUAUGAGAACUAAGCUGACUC